AGUGGGAAGCGGCCCGGGAUCUGGGUCGAGCCUGCCUGGCCGUCCCGACUCGCCGCUGCCCUCGCGGCCUAGCUUGAGUCUGGGUGCCGGGCACGGCCAGGACCCUUCCCUGGGGACGCCCGCCCGGGCUGCCGUGGACUGGGGUGGCCAGGGUGCGGCCUGGAUCCCCGCGUGGCAAGCAGGGCGAGUGACGGGAGGGCUGCCCGUAGCGCCCAUGUUCCAGGGCUGUGGUGGGUGGAUGGGGCACCCAGCCGCCGCAGCCGCGAGCUCACAGGGUGCACUGACCCCGUUGGGGGCUGGGGUGCCCACCCCGCAAGCUAUCACUGAGCGACUUCCGGUCUGUGAGCCCUGUCCUCCGCACCCCACCUUUCCGCCGCCUAGAGCCUCCGCGCCCUCCUGGGCCCAUCGGAACUUGGCACAGGCUCACCCCACUUUGCGUAGGAACUCCGGAUCCUUCCAUGGGGUCCUCCUUCCAGAUAGGAACCCCACUUCCUGCCAGGGUGGAGAGGAUGGGGUCCUUGAAGGCCAGCUGAGGGCCCUGACUUCGAGUCAGAGGUCAGGGGUCAGCAGCAGAAGAGUGGAUUCGUGCUGAGUCAUUGACCAUGGACCCCUGGCCCCAACAUGGCCCGUCGCUCCCAGAGUUCCUCGCAAGGGGACAACCCACUGGCACCCGGGUACCUGCCGCCUCACUACAAAGAGUACUACCGCCUGGCGGUGGAUGCACUGGCCGAGGGUGGCUCGGAGGCCUACAGCCGCUUCCUGGCAACUGAGGGGGCACCAGACUUCCUGUGCCCUGAAGAGCUGGAACAUGUGAGCCGACACCUUCGGCCUCCACAGUAUGUUACCCGAGAGCCACCCGAAGGCAGCCUUCUCGACGUGGACAUGGAUGGCUCCUCAGGUACAUACUGGCCAGUGAACUCAGACCAGGCUGUGCCUGAGCUUGACCUGGGCUGGCCUCUGACCUUCGGCUUCCAGGGCACCGAGGUGACCACCUUGGUGCAGCCACCGCCCCCCGACAGCCCCAGCAUCAAGGAUGAGGCCCGCAGGAUGAUCCGUUCCGCCCAGCAGGUGGUGGCCGUGGUGAUGGACAUGUUCACUGAUGUGGACCUGCUCAGCGAAGUGCUGGAGGCCGCCGCCCGUCGGGUCCCAGUCUACAUCCUGCUGGAUGAGAUGAACGCGCAGCACUUCCUGGAUAUGGCCGACAAGUGUCGUGUCAACCUGCAUCACGUGGAUUUCCUGCGGGUACGGACUGUGGCGGGUCCCACCUACUACUGCCGCACUGGGAAGUCCUUCAAGGGCCACGUCAAGGAGAAGUUCCUGCUGGUGGACUGUGCCGUGGUGAUGAGUGGGAGCUACAGCUUCAUGUGGUCCUUUGAGAAGAUCCACCGCAGCCUGGCACACGUGUUCCAAGGAGAGCUGGUCUCCAGUUUCGAUGAGGAGUUCCGCAUCCUCUUCGCGCAGUCCGAGCCGCUUGUGCCCUCGGCCGCGGCCCUGGCCCGCAUGGAUGCCUAUGCCCUGGCUCCGUAUGCCGGGGCCGGGCCCCUUGUGGGCGUCCCUGGGGUCGGGGCGCCAACCCCUUUCUCCUUCCCGAAACGAGCGCACCUCCUGUUCCCGCCACCCCGGGAAGAGGGCCUGGGCUUCCCCUCCUUCCUCGACCCGGACCGCCACUUCCUGUCGGCCUUCCGCCGGGAGGAGCCUCCGCGGAUGCCGGGGGGCGCGCUGGAGCCGCACGCGGGCCUGCGGCCGCUCUCGCGGCGCCUGGAGGCCGAGGCCGGGCCGGCUGGGGAGCUCGCGGGCGCCCGGGGCUUCUUCCAGGCGCGGCACCUGGAGAUGGACGCCUUCAAGCGGCACAGCUUCGCCACCGAGGGCGCAGGCGCCGUGGAGAACUUCGCGGCCGCGCGGCAGGUGUCGCGGCAGACGUUCCUCAGCCAUGGCGACGACUUCCGCUUCCAGACCAGCCACUUCCACCGCGACCAGCUCUACCAGCAGCAGUACCAGUGGGACCCGCAGCUCGCGCCGGCGCGCCCGCAGGGCCUGUUUGAGAAGCUUCGCGGGGGCCGCGCGGGUUUCGCGGACCCAGAUGACUUCACCUUGGGCGCCGGGCCCCGCUUCCCGGAGCUCGGACCCGACGGGCACCAGCGGCUGGACUACGUGCCGUCCAGCGCGUCCCGCGAGGUGCGCCACGGCUCGGACCCCGCCUUUGGGCCCGGACCCCGCGGCCUGGAGCCCAGCGGGGCCCCGCGCCCCAACCUGACCCAGCGCUUCCCAUGCCAGGCCGCGGCGAGGCCCGGCCCAGACUCCACUCCCGAGGCGGAGCCGGAGCGCAGGGGCGGGCCCGAGGGGCGGGCCGGGCUGCGGCGUUGGCGCCUGGCCUCCUACUUGAGCGGAUGCCAUGGCGAGGAUGGGGGCGACGACGGCCUGCCGGCGCCCAUGGAAACGGAGGCUUACGAAGACGACGUGUUGCCUCCCGGGGGCCGGGCAGCUGCCGGCGACCUGCUCCCCUCGGCCUUCCGCGUCCCUGCAGCCUUCCCCACGAAGGUCCCGGUGCCAGGCUCGGGCAGCGGCGGCGGCAACGGCCCAGAGCGCGAGGGCCCGGAGGAGCCCGGCCUGGCCAAGCAGGACUCAUUCCGCUCGCGCCUGAACCCCUUGGUCCAGCGCAGCUCCAGGCUGCGCUCCUCGCUCAUCUUCAGCACGUCACAGGCUGAGGGUACGGCCGGGACUGCGGCAGCCACAGAGAAGGUGCAGCUGCUGCACAAGGAGCAGACGGUCAGCGAGACGCUGGGGCCCGGCGGAGAGGCCGUGCGCUCCGCGGCUUCCACCAAGGUGGCGGAGCUGCUGGAGAAGUACAAAGGCCCAGCCCGUGAUUCCGGCGGCGGCGUGGGCGCCAUCACCGUUGCCAACCACAGCAAGACUGUCGUGUCCCAGGCAUGGCGGGAAGAGGUGGCGGCCCCAGGUGGCGUGGGUGGCGAGCGCCGCAGCCUCGAGAGCUGCCUCCUGGACCUGCGCGACUCCUUUGCGCAGCAACUGCACCAGGAGGCGGAGCGGCAGCCGGGAGCCGCCUCCCUCACCGCGGCGCAGCUGCUCGACACGCUGGGCCGGAGCGGCUCCGACCGCCUGCCAUCCCGCUUCCUCUCUGCCCAGGGCCGCGCAACCUCCCCGGAAGGGCUGGACAGCCCUCUGCCCUUGGAAGGGCCCGGGGCGCACCAGGUGCUCCAUAAUGAGCCAAAAGGGAGCCCCACCUCGGCUUACCCUGAGCGGAAGGGGAGCCCCACGCCCGGGUUUUCCACUCGAAGAGGAAGUCCAACUACAGGAUUUAUUGAGCAGAAGGGGAGCCCCACCUCAGCCUACCCCGAGCGCAGGAGCAGUCCGGUGCCACCUGUACCGGAGCGCAGGGGCAGUCCCGUGCCCCCCGUGCCAGAGCGCAGGGGGAGUCCGGUGCCUCCCGUGCCGGAGCGCAGGGGCAGCCUCACUCUUACCUUCUCCGGGGAGUCCCCGAAGGCCGGGCCCGUGGAGGAGGGGCCGAGCGGCCCCAUGGAAGUCCUGCGCAAAGGUUCCCUGCGCCUUAGGCAGCUGCUGAGCCCCAAGGGCGAGCGGCGCAUGGAGGAUGAGGGUGGCUUCCCAGUGCCGCAGGAGAACGGGCAACCUGAGAGCCCGCGGCGGCCGUCACUGGGCCGGGGUGACAGCACAGAGGCUGCCACAGGAGAUGAGCGGGGCCCGCGGGCGCGCCUGACUUCAGCCACGGCCAAUGCCUUGUACAGCAGCAACCUUCGGGAUGACACGAAGGUCAUUCUGGAGCAGAUCAGCGCCCACGGCCAGAAGCACCGUGCAGUCCCUGCCCCGGGCCCUGGCCCGGCCCACAGCAGCCCCGAGCUAGGCCGUCCACCGGCUGCUGGCGGCCUGGCCCCGGAUAUGUCCGACAAGGACAAGUGUUCAGCCAUUUUCCGCUCGGACAGCCUGGGGACCCAGGGCCGGCUGAGCCGCACGCUGCCAGCCAGCGCGGAGGAGCGUGAUCGGCUGCUGCGCCGCAUGGAGAGCAUGCGCAAGGAGAAGCGCGUGUACAGCCGCUUUGAGGUCUUCUGCAAGAAAGAGGAGGCCAGCGGCCCUGGGGCAGGGGAAGGCCCCGCGGAGGAGGGCACCAGGGACAGCAAGGUGGGCAAGUUCGUGCCCAAGAUCCUGGGCACGUUCAAAGGCAAGAAGUGAGUCUCCUGGCAUCGCUGCCACGGUCACCCAGAGCCCCCACGGAACAGAGAGCCCUGCGCAUGUGUUUUGAGCAGAGGCUGUCAGGCCACGGCCACUUGGGGCUUGGCUGAGUGCGCCAGACCUCAGCUCCACUGGAGGCUCACCUGGCAGCUGCUGUCUCUGCCCCUGGCCUCCACAACGCCGGGGCUCCAGCCCCUUGCCACCAGUGCCUUUCUCCCCUCAGCACCUUCUCUCUUCAGCACCUUCUCUGCACCGUCAGCCUUGCGUGGUGCAGCAUCUGGCUCCGCCAUCUCUGUGCCUCAGUCCCGCCCCACCUUUUUUUUUUUUUUUUUUUUUUUUGAGACCCAGGGCUGGAAUGCAGUUGAGUGGUCUCGGCUCGUUGCCUCCUGGGUUCCUGCGAUUCUCCUGCCUCAGCCUCC